AUGAACCUUAUAAGUGCUAGUUUUGAUGGCAACAGUUAUGGGAACUGGAAGAGAGGAGUACUAAUCUCACUCUCAGCCAAAAAUAAACUAUGUUUCAUUAAUGAUAAAGCAGAAAUCCCAGAAGAAACCUCACCUCUUUUUGAGCAAUGGUCAAGAUGUAAUGACAUGGUCAUUGCAUGGUUGUUGAAUUCUUUGAGCAAGGACACUGCAGAGAGUGUACUCUAUUCUCAAAGAGCCUCAGAUUUGUGGAAUGAGCUGCAGGAAAGGUAUGGUCAGCCUGAUGGUUCUAAGUUAUUUCAACUUCAAAGAGAUCUCAAUAAUAUCUCUCAAGGAAUCAGUGGUGUUGCUGCUUAUUACAACAAAUUGAAGAAACUAUGGGAUCAACUAAAGGUCUUAAACACAUUCAUGAACUGCAACUGUGAAUGCAAAUGUGGAGCUAAGGCACAUAACCACAAGAUGAAUGAAGACAUGAAACUAGUUCAGUUCUUAAUGGGACUAAAUGAAGCUUUCUCAGCUUGUAGGGGAAAUAUUUUCAUGAUGAAGCCUCUACCAUCUACAAGUCAAGCUUACUCUAUCAUUCUUCAUGAGGAAUCUCAAAGAGAGGUACAUUCUAGUAACACUAUGAACAUUGACUCAUCUGCCUUCAAUGUUAGUAGGUGGAAUCAACAAAGAAAUCAAAAUCCCAGAAAAGCAAACACACAGAUCUCAAAUCCAAAAAAUCAGAACAAUUUCACACCAAACAACAACCUUUUUUGCAGUCAUUGCAAGAAAAUCAAUCAUACUAUUCAAGGAUGUUAG